UCGUGGUGCUCGGUCAGGACUUGGUCGAGUGUCGACCAAUGAUUCGGGAUGAUCGCCAAUUUGACCCUGGAUAGUCAGUUCACAUCGUACGUCUGCAUUCAUCAACGUCUACCGAGGUCGGAGGUUCUGCACAUCAAUCAAUCAAGAAAUGACCAGGUCUCAUGCCAAAUCAAACACCAGUGGUGCUCAUUACACUUAUCAUGAACGGCGACAGACAGAAUACGGCUCAAAGUCCCAGCGGAUAGGAGCCGAUUCGAUGAAGAAGCUGGAUUCGUGCUGUCUGUGUCUCGGACAAGCACAGAACUCGGUUGCAUGUUCAAAGGGGCACUUGUACUGCAAGGAAUGCAUCUUGAGCAGCUUACUCUCGCAAAAGGCUCAGAUCAAGAGUCAUCAGGAAUCGUUGACCCAGUAUGCCUUGUCAGAAGAGCAAGACCGCCAGCGUGCGAAGCAAGAAGCCAGAGCGAGGGUCCUGAAGGACUUUGAGCGGGGUCUGGGAUUGGGAACGCCAGGCUCGGGAUCGGUCAGUGCCGUGAAGAAGGACGACAAAGUGGAACUCAAGUCUGGGCAGGACGCUGCGGAUCUCGCUAGAGGGACGAAACGAAAGUUUGAAUUCGAUCAGGGUGCAGUAGAACGUCUAGCACAAGAGGCAGAGGAUGCUGCCAUGGCGGAGAUGGAGGCAGAGCAGGCCGAAGCUCGAAGAUCAAAGCUACCUUCUUUCUGGCUGCCAACUCUUGCCCCGGAAGCCAAGAUUGGACCCCUGAAGGAUGUAAAGCUGCAGACUCUCUGCAAUGUUGGGGAAAGUCAUCCUUUAGCAAUGAAGGGCCUCCUCCCCGUCAUCUUCACGUAUCCGAAUGGUAGCAAGGCCGACUCGAACUCGGCGACCAGAGACAAGCCGAUCUGCCCGUCAUGCUCCCGCGAAAUGACGAACGCUACACGGUGUGUGCUCCUCAGCUCGAGAUCUCCAGCAGGUGCAGAGCCGCCAAAGAAGAAGAAGAACGGAGAAGAUGGGAAAUCAAAGGAAGAACUCUGCUGUGGACAUGUCGUUUGCGGGACUUGCGCCGAUACGGUUGUCAAACCUGGCAAGCAGUGUGUGGUCUGUGAAGCGUCCAUACGCCCAGAUAAGGACAUGGUCGAUCUCGAUAAAGAAGGUUAGCGACUGUCCGCCUUCUCGGGCCGGGACUUCUACUCGAGAAUUGACCCAUCUUGCCGGCGACGUCCGGUCGAUAUCGCCAAGUAUCGACAAAAGUGCACCAUGCUGACCACUUGUCGUCGUGUGACAGGUACCGGUUUCGCUGCGGCCG